AUGUCGUUUGGAGGCAAUGGAGAGAUGGAGUCGCUGGACUUGCCGGAGUGCCCGGUGUGUUUGCAGAACUACGACGGCGAGUACACAAUUCCGCGCGUACUCUCCUGCGGUCACUCGGCGUGCGAGGCCUGCCUGGUCAGGCUUCCCGAGCGCUACCCUGAGACUAUUCGCUGCCCGGCGUGCACCCAACUCGUCAAGUACCCCCCACUGGGCCCCACCGCUCUGCCCAAGAACAUCGACCUCCUCUCCUUCUCCCUCUCCCUAAACCCUGACCCUAAUUCUCGCAGUUCCCAAAAUCCCCAAAAACAAUCCACCGAUGGAGUAUGUAAAUUCCUGCCUCGCAUUUGGUCCGAUGAGUUUUAUGACACCUGGAAGGAGUGGGUGCUUCCGAACGACGCCCUAUCGGUGGAAACAGAAGUUGGUGAUGUAACAAGAGAUGGGCUCUGUACUGUGUUGAAAGGAAGAACUGGUUCAGGUUCUGGUUUUGGUUUGGGGUCGGGUCGGGUUUGGUUUAGAGAGGAUCAGAGUGUGAGCUUUGUUCAGGUUGGUUCAUUACCGAAUUUGGGUAGUUCUGGUUUUGAGUUUAGUUACAUUGCAAGGGUUAUGAAGUGUUUGAGUGGAAUGAGAGAGGGAGAGAGAAACGAAUUGGGUCUGUUGCUGAGAGCUUCUGUGAGACAGUGUAGGAAAGUAGGUAAAGUUUAUGGCUUGUGGGGUAAUUCGGAAGAUGGGUUUUUGUAUGUGGUGUGUGAGAGAAGAAAUGGGAGUUUUUCAGAGAAGUUGAAUGAGUUGAGAGAUGGGGAUGGUUUUGGUAAAGAUGGGUUGUCUGCUUUUGCAAUGAUUGCUAUGGAGGUGUGUGAGGCAGUGACUGGUUUGCACUCAGAGGGGUUUGCUUCUGGUUGUUUUGGUGUUUCAUGCUUUGGUUUCGAUGAAUUUGGUCACGUUUUUGUGGAUUUGAGUGAAGUCUUGGUGACAGGAAGGAAGGCUUGGAGAAGUGUUGUAGAUUCUGUUUCUGGUACAAUGGAAAUUGAUGCUGAACUAUUGGGAGUGACCUUUGGGAAGUUAUUGAAAGAUAACAUUUUCGUUAGCCCAGAGGUGUUGUUUGAGGCGUUGCAGAAAGAAGGCAUUGCAGUAGAAUGUGACAGCUCAAGAUAUCUGGUUGGAUAUGGCUCGGAUGUUUGUUCAUUAGCUUGUGUGUUGGUGAGGCUGCUUCUUGGAAAAGAAUUUAGUGAAGAGAUUGUGAAAACUAGUGAAAACCUUUUUCGUGAUCAUUCAACUUAUGCAAGCUGGAUUGAAAGAGUUAGUGCUUUGCUGGAGAUUAAAUUUGGUUCAGAAUAUGCAUCUCUGAAAGAGAAUCUUUGCAAUUGUUUGAAUUUCAAUCCAGAAAGUCGACCACUUGUGAUUGAUGUGAUGAAAUGCAUUAGGGAACUGAUUAUUAAACCUCAAUGUGAUAUCACGGCCAGUUUGGAUGGGGCAGUUAAGGACGAGAGCGCUAAUUGUUGCUUGAUUCUUGGGGAACUGUGUCAGAUACCCAAGCAAAUAUCAGAAACACAGAAAGAAAAUGAGUUGCAAGGAAGUAAAAUCAGUGGAGGAGCAGAUUUUGAUCAAGUUGGGGAUGAGAGGACUAACAAUGGCGUUGUUGAUGGCCUCGCAGAGGGGAAGGUCAAAUCUAAAGUUAUGCAGGGCCAUCGUGACUCCAUUACAGGAUUAGCUGUUGGAGGGGAACUUCUAUUUAGCUCCUCAUUUGAUAAAACCAUCCAUUUAUGGUCUUUACAGGACUUCUCUCAUGUGCAUACAUUUAAAGGUCAUGAGCAUGCCAUCAAGGCUCUCAUUUAUGUAGAUGAAGAGCAACCCUUGUGCAUCAGUGGUGACAGUGGAGGUGGCAUAUUUAUCUGGGGCGCAUGUACCCCUCUUGGGCAAGAGCCUUUAAAGAUAUUGUAUGAGGAGAAAGAUUGGCGCUUUAGUGGUAUUCAUGCCUUGGCCUCCAGAAAUGGAUAUGUUUAUACAGGCAGCGGAGAUAGAACAGUAAAAGCAUGGUCAGUACGGGAUGGCACCCUGUCAUGCACCAUGUCUGGUCAUAGAUCAGUAGUUUCAACACUUGCAGUUUGUGAUGGUGUUCUUUAUAGCGGAAGUUGGGAUGGAACCAUCCGAUUAUGGAGUCUUAGCGAUCACAGUCCUUUGACAGUACUAGAGGAAGACACAUCUGGAACUGUGACCUCUGUCUUAUCUCUUGCUGUUGACAGGCAUUUGCUUAUAGCAACCCAUGAAAAUGGAUGUGUAAAGGUCUGGAGGAAUGAUGUGUUCAUGAAAUCCAUUAAAAUGCACAAUGGUGCAGUAUUUGCUAGUGGCAUGGAAGGAAAAUGGCUUUUCACAGGAGGCUGGGAUAAAACUGUAAAUAUACAGGAAUUGUCUGGUGAUGAGAUUCAAAUAGAUAACAGGCCUGUUGGAUUUAUCCCCUGUGAUUCUGUCAUAACAACUUUGUUAAGCUGGCAAGGAAAGCUUUUUGUUGGACAUGCUAAUAGGAACAUCAUGGUGUUUUACUAUGGCGAAAUGACCAACCGUUAG